AUGCAUUCAUUUACUUGUGGACUUGAAGAAAUGAAACGUGCAGUUUCUUUAGGGUUAUAUCUUGGAGUAAAUGGUUGUUCUUUAAAAACGCAAGAAAAUCUUGAUGUUGUAAAACAAGUUCCUGAAGAUCGAUUAAUGAUAGAAACAGGUAUUGUCACUAUUACUUUUACUAUUAUUGUUAAAUUAAAAAUCUUGAAAAAUCGUCGAUACCAACUUAUUACAAAAAAGAAAGAUUUCAAGAGGGAUAUAUGGUUAAAGGAAGAAACGAACCAUGUUCUAUAG